ACGUGAAGUAAGCAGAGUAAAUAUGAAGAUAAAUGUGAGGUAGGACGCGCCGUUACAUAGGUAUCAACUGACAAUCGGCCAACUCAAUAGCCUUGUUGUUAUUGUUCUUCUUCCUCGCAGAAAUUUCAAAGAACACUGGACAGUGUGUCCGCAAAAUGGAAAUUGAUUUGAGACAGUUCAUGACAUCUUCAGAAUGUGACGACAAUGUGAACUCGAAAUCGAAUAAUGAAGAGGUGCAAUGUUCGGUUGAGGAGGAAGAGACGGAGUCAACUUGGAUGGGAAGGAGAGACGACGUCCUUCCCUGUCAAGUUGUGCCUGGAAGUCACAAAUCGAGACCGAGCGCUUCUUCGUCCUGUCAAGUGGACUUGACAGACCACUUCAAUCAGAUUUUCGCCAAGAAGACUUUUAACAGCUUUAGAGAAUUUGAUGAGCUGUUCACUAGGUUCAAGAAAGAAACUGGUUCUGUUUUUCGCAUUAAAUCAUCUUGUAGUAUUGCUUACGAAAAUUCUAGAAGAAAACAGCACUUUAUUCCUCCUCGGUUCAAUUUGUGUCUAUUAUAUUGCUGCGUACACUAUGGUCAACCAAAGGUGUCUGGGCAAGGAAUUCGUACAAAGCAAAGAUAUUUGCCUUGUGGGUGUGGUUGUGUAUUGUCAGUGGCAUAUAAUCGAGGAGCCCUUUUCAUCUCGCAAGUUAAUAUGCAACACAAUCAUGAAGUAAGCAAUAAAACUGCCCCAUACUAUGCUAUCAACCGUCGAAUUACCAAGCAUGAGCUCAAGCAGGUUGCAGAUGUUAUUGCUGUGAUGCCAAGCAGUCGCGCCCUUCAGUACUUUUUAAAGGAACGAUUUCACAAACCAAUGACAUUGCAGGAUGCCAAAAACACACGUGCAAGAUUAAAAGCCAUGCAGAUGAAGCAAGGACAAAUUGAAAGUAUAGAAGUAAUUCCAUCCUUUAAAGAAAUUUCUCAGAUUCCAAACGAAAGUGAUUGCCGAGCCAUUUUAGAAAUAAAAGAGGAGAGGGAAGAAAAAAGCAAAGUGGAGGAUGACCAAGAAGAGUUAUUAGAUUCACAGCAUGAAAGUCAUUGCGAAGAAACAGUAAAAAGUAAGGCUAUUAGUGAAAUUGUAAGAAAGUUUUCUGACAUAAUGAGUGCAUGUGAUUCUAGUCAGUUUUGGGAACGUAUAGGUCAGAUGAAUAAGGUUUUGGAGUGUUGGGAAAGUGGAGAAAACCUUGAUGUUCGUUACACAUCAUCAAUUUCACUCAAGUCAGACAGCUUAGAUCAUUGUUCUGAAGUCAUGAAAGAUGGAUCUUCACAGAGAAUGGAUAUCAAGACUAAUAAUUAUUUUAGUGUAUCACAUGAUCGAACAAGAGUGAGUGAUGUCAAUGGUGAUAUUGAUCAGCAAGAAUUAGCUGACAAACAACUGAAAAUUUUGUUACCGCUUCUCAGUGAUUCAGUACACUUUGUUCCUACCUCUGCCGAUGGAUCUGUUAAGCUUGUAUUACCACACGUGAAGAGCAAAAUCAAUCAGUCAGUGUGUACUGUGAAAAGACAGAGGGGGCGACCAAGAAAGAAAGAGGAAGUGAAUUCUUUUGUGAAUGUUGUUAGUGAAAGCACUGACACUAUUUCUUACCAAAAAAAAGCCUUGCAUAGUGAUUCAAGCAAAGCUAAGGAAGAUGACAAAAUUAGUGGUUGUGAAUCAAGAGGUAGAGAGCAUGAGGGUGAUAGCAAUAAUUUAUAUUGUGGUGCACCCUUUAUAUCUUGCAUUACAAAAGAACCUUGUACAGAUCUUGGUGAUCAAGCGUUGCAAGUUGAAAUUGAGAUCAAUGAUGCUGAAGUGAAGUGAUUGUCUUGGCUUGUCAUUUAUUGUACAUAAUUGUUAGUAAGAUGAAAAGGACUUAUUUAUGGAGAAUAGAUUCAUUUCUUGAAUGUCAUCCUCAGGCCAUUCCAUAUGAUAAUGAGAGUAUAGUGAGAAGGCCUUAACGUCAAAGCCUGAUAUUUAUGAUCCAAAUUCAAUGUUUAUCUAAUGUUCUUAUUUGAAAUUAAUUAGUCUGUAGUUAAUAUAUUGGAAUGUAUAUUUUAUUUCAAGAAUAUUUUUGAGUGUUGAAAAAUUUAUGAAUAUUAUGCUUGAUUUAAUAUACACUUUAAAAAAAUAUAAUAAAAGUACAGUAUAUCAGCAUCCAAUUCAUAUGUAAAAGUAUACAGUCCUGUUGAAUUAAGAGGAAGCUGAGCAUUAGAAGGGUACUGUGAAGUUGCCAAUGUGACCAGAAUUUAAUAGUGUAUGCAAGACUGAUAAAGUCAAACUACCAGGUACUGUGUCUUAUUUUAAGACGUUAUCUCAUAUCUUGUUACCUCUAACUCCUGCAUUUCUUUACUCCCUUUUAUGUUCAAUGGCACAUGACCUUACUUGAGAAAGUUAGAUUCGUUACUUAAAGAUAUGAAUACUACUAAAGUACAGUAUACAUCUCUUAUUUAACUGAGUAAUUGAGCCAAAGUAGGUGAAAUGCGUCUCUGAUCAUCAAGUGAAUGUGUCUCACAAGAGGGAGCUCCCUACUCUGUAUAGAAUAUCAUUACAUCAUUUGUUUUCAUAUAAUUGAGGCACAUGAGUUAAUUGGAGUUUUCUUUUUCCCACACCGCAGUUUUUCAGCUCUUGGGUUUCUUUGUAGUUUGUUACUGUUGCUUACAGUGUGCCUUGUAUGGUGCAUGGUCAACAUUCAUAAAGAUUCAUGGCAGGGUCCCUUUGCAUGGAUGUUUCAUUUGGUAUGGAGUAUUAGUUUUUUGGUUAAAAUGAAUGGCAUUGGAAUAUUACCCUUAUUAUAUAUAUGUAUGGCAGUCCCCGGGUUACGACGG